AGAUCCUGCUUGUUCCUUGUAUCGAAUACCAGAACUAUUCCCAGAAUGCGUCAGACAGUACCACAUUCACAUGCGCAAAAUCCAGACCAUCCCCUGCGCAAGAUCUGCGUAAUGGGCGCUGGUCAUGUUGGUACCAGCACAUCAGCCGUCCUGGCAUACCGAAACCCCUCGUGUGAGGUCAAGGUGGUGGAUGUAAACAGGGACCGAAUCUCAGGAUGGAACUCCUCCAGCCCGCCGAUCUUUGAGCCUGGCCUUCAGGAGAUGCUGGCGGAGGUCAGCGCUGGCUCGGGCAUAUUCAAGGACUCGGCAUACUUUCGUGAAUUGACUUCACUUCGUGAGCUCCAUGGUGUCGAGGAAGCCGGGGCUGAAGACAUUGAAGACGAGCCUCGAGCGCCGAACUUGACGUUUUCCACUGACAUUGCUGAGGGGAUUGCGGAGGCAGACGUUGUGUUCAUAUGCGUUGAUACUCCGGCCCACGUCAAUCUUUCUAGUGUCGAUCAUUUCGACAUGGACUUGACUAGGCAUGAUGGCGCUCUCAGGAUGAUCGCGGAGAGCGCGGUGGGCCAUACUGUUGUCGUUGAGAAAAGCACCGUUCCCGGCGGCACGUCGCAGCGCUCUGCAGAUUUUCUCGCGGACUACGCCACGCCAGAGAAGUCCUUUACCGUCUUGUCGAACCCGGAAUACCUCGCGCAAGGAACCUCAAUCAGCGAUAUCAUGUACCCAGACAGAGUCAUAAUCGGAUUCACCCAGGACGACCCAGCCGCAAAGGCCGCUUCCGAGGCUCUAGCCAAUCUCUACAUCCCAUGGGUACCGUCAAACCGCGUCCUCACCAUGUCUCUUUUCUCCUCGGAGCUGACCAAGCUCGCGCACAACGCCUUCCUCGCGCAAAGAGUAAGCAGCAUCAACGCGCUCAGCGCCAUCUGCGAAGCCAGCGGGGGCGACAUCGCCGAUGUAUCCCGCGGGCUAGGGAUGAACGCCCGCAUCGGAUCGAAAUACCUACAGGCCUCGUUCGGCUUCGGCGGAAGCUGCUUGGUGAAAGACACCGCCAGUCUGGCGUAUCUUGCCCGCAGCCUCGGACUCACGGAGCCAUCCGACUACUGGAAACACGUGCUCUUGUUGAAUGAACACCAGAAAGGUCGAUUCGCGGAGCGGGUCGUCACUCGACUGGGUGGUGCGCCCCUUCUUCACCGGGAACGAAUCGCGGUGCUUGGCUUUGCGUAUAAGAAGGAGACGAGAGAUACGCGGGGAACGCCAGCUCGGGACGUCGUGCUGCGACUGCUGAAGAGCGGCGCUUCGGUUGCCUUGUAUGAUCCGUAUGCCUCGAUGACGCAGAUACAGACGGAGCUGGGAGGUCAAUCUUCCGAACCCUUGGUCUCCGCCACCCUACAGAAUGACCUGACGGUAUCUCCGUCAGUUUACGACGCCUGCCGUGACGCUAGGGCUGUGGUUGUUCUGAACGAGAUACCGGAACUGGACAAUCGAAAUGCGCCAGGCUCGAACGGCGCAGAUGGCGUUUCGACCAGGCGGAAUGCGGGAUCUGUCGUCUGGGACCGAAUAGCGGAGAAUAUGCGCGAGCCUCGAUAUGUGUUUGAUGGUAAAGGUUUCGUUGAUAGCAGGGGUUUGGAACAACAGGGGUUUAUCGUCGAGGUCGUUGGGCGGUAG